ACUGGGCGCCAAGAGAUGUGUGUGGACAGUUGCAGCAGCACCUCCAGUCCCCUGCCCACAGGCCCCUCCAGCCCAGACAGGUCCACCUUCUCCACCGUAGACUAUGUGGUCUUCGUCCUGCUGCUGGUCUUCUCACUUGCCAUCGGCCUCUAUCAUGCGUGUCGGGGCUGGGGCCGGCACACUGUUGGCCAGCUGCUGUUGGCCGACCGAAAAAUGGGAUGUCUGCCAGUGGCACUGUCCCUGCUGGCCACCUUCCAGUCGGCAGUGGCCAUCUUGGGGGUGCCAUCGGAGAUCUACCGCUUUGGGACCCAGUACUGGUUCCUAGGCUGCUCCUACAUCCUCGGGCUUCUGAUCCCGGCCCAUAUCUUCAUCCCCAUCUUCUACCGUCUGCAUCUCACCAGUGCCUACGAGUACCUAGAGCUGCGGUUCAAUAAAGCCGUACGGGUCUGCGGCACUGUGACCUUUAUCUUCCAGAUGGUGAUCUACAUGGGCGUGGUGCUCUAUGCCCCAUCCUUGGCCCUCAAUGCAGUCACUGGCUUCGACCUCUGGAUGUCAGUGUUGACCCUGGGCAUCGUCUGUACCAUCUACACUGCGCUGGGUGGGCUGAAGGCUGUCAUCUGGACAGACGUGUUCCAGACCCUUGUCAUGUUCUUGGGCCAACUGGCUGUGAUCAUCGUGGGCUCAGCCAAGGUGGGCGGCCUGGGUUGUGUGUGGAAGUUGGCCUCUGAGUGUGACCGCAUCUCUGGAAUAGAGCUCGACCCAGAUCCUUUUGUGCGACACACCUUCUGGACGCUGGCGUUCGGGGGCGUCUUCAUGAUGCUGUCCCUGUACGGCGUGAACCAGGCACAGGUGCAGCGUUACCUCAGCUCCCGCACAGAGAAGGCAGCCAUUCUGUCCUGCUAUGCCGUGUUCCCCUGCCAGCAGGUGGCCCUGUGCAUGGGCUCUCUCAUAGGACUGGUCAUGUUCGCCUACUACAUGCAGUUCCCUAUGAGCCCCCAGCAGCAGCAGGCAGCCCCCGACCAGUUUGUCCUGUAUUUUGUGAUGGAUCUUCUGAAGGGGCUGCCGGGCCUGCCUGGGCUCUUUGUCGCCUGCCUCUUUAGCGGGUCCCUCAGCACCAUAUCGUCUGCAUUUAACUCCCUGGCGACCGUCACGAUGGAGGACCUCAUCCGGCCAUGGUUCCCUGAGGUGUCCGAAGUCCGGGCCACCAUGUUGUCCCGAGUCCUUGCGUUCAGCUAUGGACUGAUCUGCCUAGGAAUGGCCUACAUCUCCUCCCAUCUGGGCCCUGUAUUGCAGGCAGCCAUCAGCAUCUUUGGCAUGGUUGGGGGCCCGUUGUUGGGCCUCUUCUGCCUGGGCAUGUUCUUCCCUUGUGCCAACCCAACCGGCGCCAUUGUGGGGCUGCUGUCGGGACUCCUCAUGGCCUUCUGGAUCGGAGUAGGAAGCAUCGUGACCAAUAUGGGCUCCAGUAGGCCCCCUCUACCCUCAAACGUGACCAGCUCCUCACUGUCCUACAACCUGACUACCUUCAGCACAACCGCCUUGAUGCAUACCACCAGCCGGCCCAGGCCUGUGGGGCUACAGCGCCUCUACUCGCUCUCAUACAUGUGGUACAGUGCCCACAACUCCACCACCGUCAUCCUGGUGGGCCUGGCCGUCAGCCUGCUCACAGGGGGAAUGAGAGGCCGUACCCUGGACCCCCGCACCAUCUACCCCGUGUGGCCCCGGCUCCUGGCCCUCCUGCCUGUGUCCUGGCAGAAGAAGCUGCAUUGCAAAAGCUGCACCCAGGAGGAUCUCUCCCUGGACAACUCCAUAUUCCCAGAGAAGAUGAGUAAUGGGACGUUGAGGGACAUGGACGAGAAGGAGGCCCCUGUGCCAGAGGGCCCACUGGCCCCACAGGGGAAUAGUCCCACCUUCAUUCUCCAGGAGACGUCACUGUGAUGGACUCCCGAGGGGCAGACGCAUCCCCCAGUUCUGUGGGUCCUGUGGGUCCUGCAUAGACACUGUGCUGGAGGCUGGGCCAGAGAGAAGGGUGGUGGCUGGCGAGGGGCGCACUUGGUCUGGGCCGAUCCCCCGUGGCCAAACUCCGGCCACCAUUGUGCCCCUUCUUUCCGUGCGGAUCCAAGUAUUGAUCCUGAGGGGUCUCGGGGCCCCUGCCUAGUGACCGUGACACCCAGGCCCCCUCCUUGUUUGUCUACCUCCAUUCCCAAGAGGGAGGCUUGGGCUCCCCAAGAGGCCUUGGGGACAGGCGGGCCCGACCCCUACCUGCCUGCUGCUCCCUUUCUGCUGUGCUGGACAUGGGGCCACCAUUCUGGCCUGACCAGAGGAACCGGGGUGUGCAGGCUGCUGGACCACCGUCAUCGUGCCUCUGUCUGUUCGGAGUUUCUUCCCAACACACCCUUGUUCCCCUGAAAUAAAAACUGCUGAGAAUCGUG